AAUACCGGGGGAGGGGGGAGGAACCUACAACAAAACUCUUGGUUUAUGAACAUGCGCAUUCGUUCUCCGUAGCUUUUUUUGGUAUUGAAAGGGAGCAUGCGCAUAAUGACGGGAUUGUCCCUCUGAAGUUUGAACAGGACCGAAACGGCUGGUUCUGGGUUGCUCACUUUUUUGAAGGAGGCCUAGUUUGCAUCUUCAGCAUGUCAAUAGUAACAGUGCAACUUGGUCAGUGUGGCAAUCAAAUUGGUUUUGAAGUAUUUGAUGCUCUAUAUAGUGACUCACACUGUCCCCAGGGACUCUGCUCUAAAAGAGAGAAUGAGGUGUAUCAAGCAUCUUGCAAAGAAAGAUUCUUCAGUGAAGAGGAAAAUGGAGUUCCCAUUGCCCGGGCUGUACUUGUUGAUAUGGAACCUAAAGUUAUCAAUCAAACACUAUCAAAGGCUGCCCAGUCUGGCCGAUGGAAAUAUGGCCAGCAUUCGUGCUUCUGUCAGAAACAAGGUUCUGGAAACAACUGGGCAUAUGGUUACUCUGUUCAUGGACCCAGGCAUGAAGAAUCUAUAAUGAACCUAAUCCAGAAGGAAGUGGAAAAAUGUGACUGUUUGAGUGGUUUUUUCAUCAUAAUGAGUAUGGCUGGGGGCACAGGAUCAGGUCUAGGAGCCUUCGUUACACAGAAUUUACAAGAUCACUACUCAAACUCUUUGAAAAUGAAUCAGAUUAUAUGGCCUUAUGGAACCGGUGAGGUUAUUGUUCAGAACUACAACUCCAUUUUGACUCUUUCUCACUUGUACCGAUCUUCAGAUGCCCUCCUCGUUCAUGAAAAUGAUGCUGUUCAUAAGAUCUGUGCAAAACUGAUGAACAUCAAGCAAAUCUCCUUUACCGAUAUAAACCAAGUCCUUGCACAUCAGCUGGGAAGCGUGUUCCAACCUACUUAUUCUAUGGAAGGCUCAUAUCACUACAGAAGAAAUCCAUUAGGAGAGUUAAUGGAGAAUUUAGUCCCCCAUCCUGAAUUCAAGAUGCUGGGUAUUCGUAACAUUCCUCAGAUGUCUGAGAACUCACUGGCUUACAGUACGUUUACUUGGGCUGGCCUCCUCAAGCACCUGAGACAGAUGCUCAUUUCUAAUUCGAAAAUGGAAGAAGGUAUUGAUUGGCAGGUUCGGCCUCCUUUAUCAGGACUUCCUACUCUUGGUAAAGUGUCUCUCAACAGGGAGCUUCAUUUUAACACUUCCAUUGCUAACUUGGUCAUCCUUCGUGGGAAAGAUGUGCAUAGUGCAGAUCUGGGAGGAUUUAAAGAUCCAGCACUCUAUACUUCUUGGAUAGCGCCUGUUAAUGCUUUCAAUGUGUGGAAAACCCAGCGAGCAUUUAAAUAUGAGAAGUCUGCAGCAUUGGUCAGCAAUAGCCAGUUCUUACUAAAGCCACUUGAUACGAUUGUGGGCAAAGCAUGGAAUAUUGUUUGCUUCAAAGCCUACAUUCAUCAGUACACAAAAUUUGAUGAAGAAGAGGACUUUCUGGACAGUUUCACAUUGUUGGAACAAGUUGUUGCCAGUUACUGCAAUCUCUGAUCGCCAACAGAGGAGGAAAAAGUACCCUAGGUCAUUUUGGGGGCUAAACAAUUUUUCAAUAUUACUUUUUCUGUAAGGUGUUCAGAUCCCUACCUGUUAAAGUAACAAAGGUGAAUGCUGUUUCCUUUGGCAUACCAUAACCACAGAAAAGGAGGAAAACUUUUUUUUUAAUUUUUUUUUUAACAUUUAUUUAUUAUUGAGAGAUACCAGACAGAG